AUUAUAUUCUUAAACAAAACCAACAAAUAUUCUGAAUUUAUAAUUAGGAUCAUGUGUUGCAGCCAUGGAUUUAUCUCAAGAAUCCCUACCACACCCCCACCUCUCGUUUCCCGACAACCCCACUUUUCGAUUCCAUCCACAGUUCGUUUACCUAUAGCCACUCGUACUGCGAAAUCUUUCAGAACCAAAUCGGCGGCGGCGGCGACCGCCGUUAAAGAUGGCAGUGGAUCUGUAUCGGAGACAGUUAUGGAAGAUCUGAGCUUUUACCAGCUUCUGGGUAUCCCGGAAACGGUGACAUCUGUGGAGAUCAAGCAAGCGUAUAAACAGUUAGCCAGGAAGUAUCAUCCCGACGUGUCUCCGCCGGGCAGGGCGGAGGAGUAUACUCAGAGGUUUAUUCGGGUACAGGAAGCAUAUGAAACAUUGUCGGAUCCUAACCGGAGGGCUAUGUAUGAUAGAGAUAUGGCCAUGGGGAUCCACUUCGCUUUUUCUUCUCGUAAUCAUCUCCGCAAUGAUGAGCAUAUGGUGAAAAGCGAAUGGAGAGGCCAAUGGCGGAGUCAAUUAUCAGAACUUCGAAGAAGAAGCAUGCACAAAGAAUCUGGAUGA